GGCCAACCUCCGUAACGUGAGGUACCUUGGGUACGUACUGGGGAUGCGACGCAAACACAAAGCCGUGGAGCAACCCAAGGGUGCCUGCCUGCCUUUAGUGCCUGGCCAAGCACGCCUCACCUUCCAAGGUUCCCCAGCAGCCAGCAGCCUCUGCGCUGCCUGUCGACCACGGCGCUGUCCUCCCGUCGCCUCCGUCUCACCACCAUCCAAUUCCUAUUCCUCCCCUUCUUCCUCGACCAUUCUUCUCCUCGUCGUCAUCCAUUUCCGUGCCUCGCAAUUGCCCGCCCAUCCCAUCGCCCGUCGCCACCCCCGAAGCGAAAGCCCGAACUGGGCGUCCGGUCCUGCAUUUAAUUGAUUGCUCGGCGGGCCCAGCCGGGUCGCCGACCCUGCCGUGCCAUCCACACACACGCCGGGUCCCUGUCUCACUCCCAUCUUCAGCAAGCGUCGCCGCCGGUCUCACCUUUUGCUUUCUUCAGAGACGAGACGACGCCGUCGCCAGACUCACUGCGCAGCGUUUGGCCUGGCCCGGCCUCACCGAGGGAUCCCAUUCCUUCGACCUCUCCGGUCGCUCAUGGCAGUUCCCCGCCGCUGACCACGACGACUGACGAGCCCGGGCAACAGCAGCAGCAACAACGUCCGUCCGACCGCGGGCGAGUCGAUCCGGCCCGCCUUGGUCGCCCGAGCCGGGAACCAACACUUGCUCGGCUUGACCUGAUCCUCGCUUAUUGCAAGACCUCGCGCCUCCCAUCGAGCCUCGCACGCUCGACCCCGCGGCUGCCGCAGCCAACGACUAACUCGCAGAGGAGCCUCUCGCCCUGGCGGCAGACGCUCGCGCCUCUCCUCUCUUCGCCUGUCAACGCCAUCUCUAACCUCUCCCAAAGACACCUCCGAACAGCAUGACGUCGACACAGCUGCCGCCGCUCAACCUCGGCGACGGCCUGCGCAUGUCACUCUUUCCCUCUGAUUUCCGAAUCCCCGACAAGCCUGAAACCUCGGUCUCCCAUGCUGCCAAUGUGCCAGCCACCGCUUACGUCGAGCUCGACGGCCUCGACACGGAGAGGAGGACGGCACCGGUCGAGAUGCCAGCGACACCCGAGCCUCCCAAGCACCAAUCUCACGAGGCGCAACAGCAACCUCACGAACUCCCCGCCGCCGAGCCCCACGGGCCCCCUUCUCCUGCACCCACGCCGCCGGUGCAGGCCAUCCCCGUGCACCCGAUCCCGCUGCUGCAGGAUGCAUUCACCGAGUCUCUGGAUGAGGUGACGAGCGGCACCAUUGCCGCCAAGCCCAAGCUGAGGGAGCUUGAUGCUCCGUCACGGAGGGACCAGCUCAUCGCCCAGGCCAAGGAGGCGGAGCCCUUUGAUAGACCGUGGCGCUACCGCCCUGGCCAGAAGCAGCACGAGCUGUUCAAGCUCCUCGCACAAAUCUCGUUUGGCGUGUACCUCAUGCUCAAGGGCAUGGCCAACAGCAAUGCCCAGGUCAUCAGUAUCCUGCAAGGACACAUUGACGAGAUAGACGAGUUCCUGGAAGUCACGCUCGAGGACCUCAACCAGGCAACAGAAGAUCUCAACGGCCGCAUCGAGCAUCUCAAGCUGCCCCUGUCCAAUGUCAACGUCUUCGAGGAGUUGCUCGAGGAUCGUAAUUUCCGCUGCGAAAUACUCGAGGGCAAUCAAAAAAUCGAUCACGUUCUCUCGCGGACAAACGCUGCCAUGACGCAAUGGGACGAUGACAUCGAUACCGGCCUGCAGUGCACGGCUGCCUUUACGAGCUGGCUCAGCGAUGAGACAGAUGAGUCUUUACGGCUCACUCGACCCGACGUAGCCGAUGUCAUCGACGCCAUGAAGGGCAACGCCGAGGGAUGGCUCAAUGCAUUCGAUGAGAUCAACGACCGUACCCAAGAGGUCAGCAACCUCGUCAUUCGGCUGACGACUGUCAUCGCCGAGAUGGAGAAGAAGGCCGGCGAGGUCAGCCGGAGGACCUGGGCCAUGAUCCCCCCGUUCACAGCGCCACACCUCGCUCGCAUCGCACAGAGCUCGAGCAAUUCAUCGUCGAUCCCGUCAAUGUCAUCCAGGCAAUCUGGUGCGAGGCCUGCUCAACCCGCGUCGCUCAGCAACCCACCGUCUAUCCAGUCAGGAUCGUCCAGGCAAUCAGUCGUGCGGUCCGUCGCGCCCCCGAGCCUUCGUAGCGCGUCGACAACCAACCUUCGACCGAUGACUGCGGACUACACAGACGCAGAGGCGAUGGAAUUCCCCUUACCAGGCGCCAUCCCUUUGCUGCCUCCACGGUCGGCAGCCCGCCAGGUUUCCAAGAAGCGUUCGGCCGAGUCCCAUCCCUCCUCGGAACAGUCCACUCAUUCAUCCGCGACCGCGGAGGCCAGCGUCUCCAGGGACGAUGACCUCCACAGCUCGUCAACUGAGGAACCCGAUGCGCUCUACGUGCUUCAGCCCCGAACAUACACCCCACAGCCCCCUGAGCCGAUCCCGUCCCCCAUGCUUCAAGAAGCUGCGACCAUAGCCGUCGGGACAGGCAACGUCAAGCCACGCAGCCAUGCUGCGACCCCGAGCCAGGGCGCAAUAAGCGUCAAUAGUAAUGUCAGCAACCUGCCGAGGAAGCAAACUUCCAUCCGCCACCGUGUCGAGCUCAAGACGAACGUGCCCGACGCGAUCCAGAUUCCACCGCGGGCCUUUACCGACCCACUGUCGCAACGCCCCUCAUCGCAGCGCGCUACACCACGGACAGCGGUUUCACAUCCGUUUGAAUCGGCGUACGGGUCAGACACGGACCGUCGCUCCCGACGCCAGGCUUCGAAGGAGAGCUCCGACAUGAGCCUGUCGCCGCCCGUGAGGCCGCAGAACACGCGGUCACCUCGGUCCGAUCAUCAGCAAUACUACCGCCCGGUCCAAGCCUCGCCGCACUCGCCCCUUCAGCAGCGACCCCACACGGCGGCGGGGCCUCGGGCGUCGCAGUUUCGACCACAGCACCUGCGGAACCAGCCCUCGAACCUGGGUGGCAUGAGCAUGCUGAGCAACGUGACCACGGCGACAUACGACGACCGCUCCGCUGCGUCUUCCGAACGGACGUACAGUGACAGAACGCUCAAGAAGAAGAAGAGCGCGUUUGGCUGGUUCAAGAAGGCGUUCAGCAUGGACGAGGAAGAGAAGGCGGCGUUCAAGGCGCGCCGGGAGAUGGGACAGCGAGAUCGCUACUACGAUGCCAACAGUCCCAAGUUCCUCGACGGGCGGAGGAUCCGGUGACGGCUGGACCGAAUCCCCCGCCACCCGCCGAGACGCCUAUAUUUCACGCAUACAGACAUAAUCGCAACGAUACCCCGUGGUAGCGGAGAGCGCGCACUCAUGGGGCGGCGAGCCCCUCAAGAUACCAUUGACACGAUACACAUUUUCGGGAGGAAGCGAGCGGCCACCCCAACUUUUUCUCUGGCGAAAAACUCGCCCGUUCCAUUUACAUCUAUAUUAAUUCGGAUUCUGGUUGGGCUUUUACUGCGCCAUAGCGACGCGACUUGGGGUUGGACUCUCCGAUUCCCUAUAGCUUUAUCAUGUAGUUGAUGCCGGCGGUUGGAUGACAUGGCAGGUGCCGACACGUCUAAUGUGGAGCAAGUUAUGAUGUGCU